AUGAACGCUCUUGCCCCCCGUUCCCUCCUCACCGGCGCCUUCCAGCGUCGCCUCGCUCGUACUCCUCUGAGGCGUCGUGUCUUGGCUGUGGCUGCCCGUGACUUGAGCACUACCGCCCCCGUGUUCAAGCCUCGUCGUGGACCCCCAGCCAUCAACCCUUAUUCGAGCAGUGCGCUCGCUGCCUUCCUCGCCCGUCUUUCGCUCCCUGCCUCGGCGGACUUGCACCCCGCGCUCAUGGCUGCCCUCACCCACCCUUCCUACGUUCAUGUCGCCAAGAAGAACUUGAAGGAGGCGAUGGACCAGUACAACAACGACGUGAGCAAGGGCAAGGAGGGUCUUGUUGAGCCCGAGCUCGAAGUCUUUGAGACCAACGAGCUGCUUGCGUCGCUCGGCAACUCGCUCCUCGGCCUCUUUGCGGCAGAAGACAUUGCCUCUAGGUAUCCCCACAUGCCCUCGGCCGCCCUUCAGCAGGCCGUCACCGCCUAUGUUGGUCCCGAGUCGUGCUUGAGCGUUGGCCGUGAGCUCGGUCUCAACGUCGUCAACCUCAAGCAGGCCUUGCCCAACAACGCCCCCGUUGGUGUCCCCAUCCGUUGGGCGCGCUCCCAGUCCGAGCCCAAGGAGGAUGCCGCCGCUGCCGUCGAGACCCCCGUCGCCCGCGGAUACCGCCCGUCGCGCGCCGAGGACGAGAACAGGAUCGGUCGCGAUGUUAACACCUGGGGUGCCGGUGUCUCGUCGGUUGUCCGCGCUCUUGUCGGUCUUGUGUACCAGGAGGCUGGCAUCCACGCCGCUCGCGACUUUGUUACGGCUCACUUCAUGAGCCGUCAUGUCGACCUCACUGCCAUCUUCAGCAUCACCAAGCCCAAGCACGUCCUGUCGUCGGCCGUGACCAAGCACCUGGUGAACGCUGGUGUCCCCAUCACCCCUGACACUGGCCGUAUCCAGAGCCGCGUCCUCGCAUCGACCGGUGCCACCACCCAGGCUCCCCUAUUCAACAUUGGUCUCUUCCUGACCAACGGCCUCAAGCUUGCCGAGGGCCACGGUUCGUCCCUCGCCAUGGCCGAGCACCGCGCGGCCAUCAACGCCCUCCUCUCCCUCUUCCUCAUGAAGAACACCAACGCUGGCAAGCUGCCAACCACCAUGCACGCCUCGAGGCCGAUUGCCAACGGCGCCGCGAGCCUGUCGACUGCCGACGUUGCAACCGAGGCGGGCUUCUCGAGCGCAGUGGGCGCGGGCGAGAGCGAGUCGCUGGUCGGACUGGGCAAGGGACUGCGGGCGGCACGGAAGCACUAG